GUAUGUAUUUCAACUUAAAAAAAAAUACCACAAAAUUUGCAUUUAUUAUAUAAUUUGCAAAUAUGAUAUAUCUGAUAAAAGUACAUCUGAUAAAAGUUAAAAUAUUUUUUUCUUUUAAUAAAUUUAAUGUAACGUGUCAGAAAAUUUUUAUUGAAGUUAUAAAUUGUCUUGCCAAAUAUCGUUAUUUCCUCAUUCCUUGUAACGAACCACCAAGGUUAUAUGUAUUUCUGUUAUUUUAUUUGUCUCAAAUUCUAUCAUUUAAUUGUUUCUGUCAAUUCUACUUACUUAUUUACUUUCUAUUAGAAAUUCUUUCAUUAACUAGUUAGAUUUGGUUCUAACACGAAGCACAGAAUGAAACUGUAUAUAAAUUAGGAUAUUAGUAUGCUAAUUUUUCAUAAUUAUCUAUAAAAGUUUCUCAACUAUGUUAUUUUUAUCAUUAUUCUGUGAAAUAUUGUAUAUGUACUUCGAUUAGAUUUCGAUAGAUAAGUUUAUGAAUAUUCAGAUCGAGAAAAUUCAAAGAAAAUCCCUAGAUCCUAUUCUUUCAUCAUUUUAUCAAAACAUAAAUUUGUUAUUCAUUGGAAUGAAUUGAAGUAUUUAAAAUUCUUAUUAUUGUAUUGACAGAUACUAAAUAAAAAUUUAUUUUAAGUAUGUAGUACACAUAGUAUGUAAUAUCGAUUCCUCAAUCAUACAUGUACAUAUGUAUAUCGUACAAUAAAAAUGGCUGCGCUAAGAAACUGUAGAAAUUUGUCAAAAAUAUUAUCUGUAAAAAAUGAAUCAUUUAUUAAUUUUACUAGAACUACUACUUAUAAAUACGAAGAACUUGUUCCGGAAAAUACUCAUGAAUUCUUUAGAAAUGACUUUCUACCAAGUCAAAUAAAAUACCUACCAGGUCUUUAUCCAAAAACAAAAGAGGAAUGGAAUGCAGCCGCAGCAUAUUAUGGUUUACAUCCUGAUGAAUAUAAACCUUUUGAUCCAGUGAAAAACUAUAUUGGAGAUUAUCCAGAUUUGCCAAUCAUAAGUUAUGAAGCGAAAGAUCCUUAUUAUCCUUGGGAUCACCCUGCAACAAGAACAAAUUAUGGAGAAGCUUUGCCUCUGAACUUUCAAGAUCUAUUAGGAGAUCGCUUAGAGUAUGGGGUUCGUCAACGAAUCGGCCAUUUGAAGGCUACUAUUAUCUGUUGGAGCGUUGCUGGAGUUUUUUUAAUAAUUUGUUGGUUAUCUCCUGAUACAAAUCAAUCUUUAUUAGUAAAACAAUAUCCAGGACAAGGAGUGCAUUAUACUUUUGAACUAAAAUAAUUUUAUAAAUCUAGCAGCAUGUAGCAGCAUAGCAGAAAUCUCUUUCUGGUAACUUAUCACCUCCAAUUUUUCCUAGAAUUUUAGAAAUCUUCUUUUUACAUAAAAACAAUGUUCUGAUCGAAACAUUGAGACUGUAAUUCCAACAAUUUCUAUCCUUCGAUCUGGCUGAUAUUUUGAAAACAGAUUUCUUUACAAUGAAAAACGAUGUGUUUAUAGAAAGGAUUUUUUAUUAACUCAGAAAUUAAAAUUCAAAAUUUUGUAAAAAGUAUUAGUUUUAAAAGCAAAAUUUUAGUAUUUGAACUUUCAAGUCACCAAAAAUUUUUGUAAACAUUAUUUUUAUGCAGAAUAAAAUAUUUAUAUUAAUAUGAAUAAAAUAUUAUAUUAAUAUGAAUACUUUCAUCAGAAUUUUAGCACAAAUUGGAAGUGGCAGGUUCAGAAAUUUUAUGUAAUAAAAUAUAAUUAUUAGUCAGACUGGUUCUUUCUAAUAAAUUACAGUAUAUGAGUAAA